CCCCAUCAAUGAUUAAAGAUUAACCAUUACUCUUCUCUUAAAUGUUUAGAAGAAGAUGACUUCCUCUAAUCUAUCUUCUAGAAAGAGUUAAGUUGUAAUGAAAGCAACGGAUAAGAACACAGCUAGUCUUGACAACUCUUGUAAUCCCCUACCCAAUUUUCUUUAUGCACGAAAAAUCAAAGGAUCUGGAGUAUAUGAAUUGAGAAGUCCGAUGCAACUGGGUUUUAUUUGCCAUCAUUUUCUUGAUAUGAAGUAAGAAUUGAAAAAAUUAAACAGAGAGAUAGAUGAUAUUUCAUUGAGAGAUUUGAGUUGUGUUUUGGAUUGGUUGUUGGAUAGAUGUCAGGUGGCCGGUGCAGCAUAGUUUGGUUCAGGAGGGAUCUGAGGAUCGAGGAUAACCCUGCUCUUGCUGCUGGUGUGAGGGCAGGGGCUGUGAUCGCAGUGUUCAUAUGGGCACCCGAGGAAGAGGGUCAUUAUUAUCCUGGCAGGGUCUCAAGAUGGUGGCUCAAGCAGACCUUGGCUCACCUUGAUAUUACCUUGAGGAGUCUGGGUACAUCUCUUGUCACGAAGAGGUCUACUAAUAGUGUCUCUUCUCUCAUAGAGGUUGUCAAAUCCACUGGUGCUACUCAGCUCUUCUUCAAUGACCUCUAUGAUCCCUUGUCACUUGUUAGGGACCACCAAGCAAAGGAGGUGCUGUCCGCUCAAGGCAUAACUGUCCGUUCCUUCAAUGCAGAUUUGCUCUAUGAGCCAUGGGAGAUUACAGAUGUGGAUGGUCGCCCAUUCGCCACCUUCGUGGAUUUCUGGAAUAAGUGCCUUAGCAUGCCUUAUGAUCCAGCAGCACCCCUGCUCCCUCCUAAAAAGAUAAUUUCAGGUGAUUUAUCAAGAUGCCCUUCAGACACUCUAGUGUUUGAGGAUGAAUCAGAGAAAGGAAGCAAUGCACUUCUUGCUCGCGCAUGGUCACCUGGAUGGAGCAGUGCUGAUAAGGCUCUAACCAACUUCAUAAAUGGACCAUUGGUUGAGUACUCUGUAAACCGUAAGAAGGCUGAUAGUGCUACAACGUCAUUUCUCUCACCACAUUUACAUUUUGGGGAGGUGAGUGUGCGGAAAGUCUUCAAUCUAGUCCGAAUCAAACAGGUCAUAUGGGCCAAUGAGGGGAACAAAACAGGUGAAGAGAGUGUCAACUUGUUUCUCAAGUCUAUCGGUCUUAGGGAGUAUUCGAGAUACACGAGUUUUAACCAUCCUUGCAGUCAUGAAAGGCCUCUUCUUGGACACCUUAAGUUCUUCCCUUGGGUGGUUGAUGAGAACUAUUUCAAGGCAUGGAGGCAAGGUCGAACUGGUUAUCCUUUGGUUGAUGCUGGCAUGAGAGAGCUUUGGGCCACUGGUUGGUUACAUGAUCGAAUACGAGUUGUGGUAGCUAGUUUUUUUGUGAAGGUCUUACAGCUGCCAUGGAGAUGGGGGAUGAAGUAUUUCUGGGAUACCUUGUUGGAUGCAGAUUUAGAGAGUGAUGCUCUUGGUUGGCAAUAUAUAUCUGGGACUCUGCCUGAUGGUCGGGAGUUGGACCACAUAGAUAACCCACAGUUUGAAGGUUACAAAUUUGACCCAAAAGGUGAAUAUGUACGACGGUGGCUUCCUGAACUUUCUAGGCUACCUACUGAAUGGAUACACCACCCAUGGGAUGCACCAGAAUCUGUACUUCAAGCUGCUGGGGUGGAAUUGGGCUCUAACUAUCCACUACCCAUUAUAGGAAUAGAUGCAGCAAAAUCUAGACUGCAGGAAGCUAUUUUGGAGAUGUGGCAGCGUGAAGCAGCUUCGAGAGCUGCAGCUGAGAAUGGAACAGAGGAAGGACUUGGGGACUCUUCUGGUUCACAUCGAUUUGCCUUCCCUCAAUAUGUGCAAAUGGAGGUGGAACGUGAGCCCAUCAGGAACAACCCAGCAACCAUGAUUCAACGAUACGAGGAUCAGAUGGUCCCUAGCAUGACUUCAUUUCUAAGAGUUGAAGAGGAGGAAUCUUCUGUGGAUUUCAGAUACCUGCCUGGGGAUAGCAGACCAGAAGUACCAGCAAAUUUAGAUUUAGGUUUGGACUCAAGGAGAGAAACAUCAAAUCAAGGUGGUUCACAAAUUGUUAGGUACAAUGACACAUUUCCACUGUUUAAUGCUACGCGAGGGCUACAAGAUGUUGAAGACUCCACAGAAUCUUCAAGUAGCAAUAGUGGUAGAAAAGGGAGAGAUGGGGGCCUAGUUCCAGUUUGGUCUCCUUCAGCUCCCUCCGCUUCUAGUUCUAGCUAUUCAGAGCGGUUUGUGGGCGAAAAUAGUGGUCUUGGAAGAAGCUGAUCUUAUAUGCAGAGGCAUCUCAGUCCCACCAACUAGUGAAUUGGAGGCAGCUUUUGCAAACUUGCUUAAAACUUUUGAGGAUCUCUCCAAUAAAACCCCUGAGCAUGAUUGAAAAGAGGAAGGGGUUGCCCUUCUACAACUACAACAAGAUCUUGGACAAGAAACUGGGAGGCAGAUAAUGCUGUGCUACCUAAUACCAUAGGCUAGUCUACUGAUGGACCAACUCCUAAUUUACAAUGUUCUCCAUAUCUUUCUCCUUCUUCUUCUCUGCAGUUCGACCUCCAACCAAAAUGUCUGCAAUACAAAGUUGAUACUGGGGAUCUAAGUCAUCCAAUUCAUUGUCCCCUUUUUUUUUCUUUUCCUGUUUGUAUCAUAUAUUAGCUCUGUUGUAUAGUUAUUGGUAUUCUCCUAAGGAAAGAAGAGUGCUACCAAGGUGUGGUAUAUAAUAAAACCAUGUUGUUGCCUCGUUUUUUAUGAAGAAGGCAGGUACACUUGCUACCAUCCAUUUCCAAGUGAUCUGGGGCCUCUUGCUCUA